ACCAUCUAACACUCCCGAGUUUCUACGGAUCUUUCUAAAACCAUUUCCCCAUUUUUUUUGGGUGAAGACGAUGAAUCUGCUCUUCGAUUCUUGAAUCGACCUCACUCAAUCACCCUCCCCCUUGUUCCACCCACCGAUCCUUAUCGAAUCCGAGCUCAAAAUGCUCUCUCAAAUGGAGUUCGAGACCCACGAAGACGCCUACACCUACUACAAAGACUACGCCAAAUCCGCCGGCUUCGGAACGGCAAAGCUAAGCAGCCGGAGAUCGCGAGCCUCCAAGGAGUUCAUCGACGCCAAAUUCUCCUGCAUCCGCUACGGAACCAAGCAGCAAUCCGACGACGCGAUCAACCCUAGAGCCUCCCCCAAGAUCGGCUGCAAGGCGAGCAUGCACGUGAAACGCCGCCCCGACGGCAAGUGGUACGUCUACAGCUUCGUCGAGGAGCACAACCACGAGCUCUUACCGGAACAGUCUCAUUUCUUCCGGAGCCACCGAGUCGAAUCUUCAGAUCCUCGUCUCCGGAGGAAUAAGAAGAGCAAUAAUAAUCCGUUGGCUGAUUGUUCGAAGCAUCUCACCGCUUAUCACGAUCUAGCGUUUCUAGACGGUUACACGAGGAAUAAUAACAAUCAGCGCGAUAGAGGACGGAGGCUCGCGAUCGAAUCUCUUGACGCGCAGAUCCUUCUCGAGUUUUUGACACGUAUGCAGGAAGAGAAUCACAAGUUCUUCUACGCCGUUGAUUUUAAUGAGGAUAAUGUUUUGAGGAAUGUGUUCUGGGUCGAUGCUAAAGGGAUUGAUGAUUAUAAGAGCUUCAACGACGUCGUUUCGUUCGAUACGAGUUAUGUGGUGAGUAAGUUUAAACUCCCGCUCGUUGUUUUCGUUGGCGUUAACCAUCACGUGCAGCCCGUGCUGCUAGGAUGCGCGUUGGUUGCGGAUGAAAGUGUUUAUAGUUAUGUUUGGUUGAUGGAGUCUUGGUUAAUGGCGAUGGGUGGUUUGAUGCCGAGAGUGAUGCUUACCGACCAAGACGAUGGUAUCAAAGCAGCUGUGUCUGCUGUCUUGCCGGAGACUCGUCAUUGUUACUGCUUGUGGUAUUUACUUGACAGGCUUCCUCGGAAUCUUGAUUACUGGGGGAUGUGGCAAGACGCGUUCUUGAAGAAGUUUUUCAAGUGUGUGUACGGUUCGUGGUCUGAGGAGGAGUUUGAUAGGAGGUGGGUGAAGCUGAUAGAUAAGUUUCAUCUCAGGGAUGUUCAGUGGAUGAGGUGUUUGUACGACGAGCGUAGCUUAUGGGCGCCUACGUUUAUGAGGGGAGUGACGUUUGCUGGGAUGUCAACAAGGUAUCGUUCGGAGAGUGUGAACUCUAUGUUUGAUAGGUAUGUUCAGUGUGAGACUUCGCUUAAGGAUUUCUUAGAAGGGUAUGGGUUGAUGCUAGAGGAUAGGUACGAAGAGGAAGCGAAAGCUGAUUUCGACGCUUGGCACGAAGCGCCUGAACUGAAAUCUCCAUCGCCUUUUGAGAAGCAGGUGUUGCUUGUGUACACUCACGUGGUGUUCAGGAGGUUUCAGAUCGAGGUUCUGGGCGCUGCUGCUUGUCAUUUGACGAAGGAGAGCGAGGGAGGAACGACUUACAGUGUUAAGGACUUUGAGGACGAUCAGAAGUAUCUGGUGGAGUGGGAUGAAUCGAAGUCGGAUAUUUACUGCUCUUGCCGUUCGUUUGAGUACAAGGGGUAUCUGUGUAGACACGCGAUUGUUGUUCUCCAGAUGUCUGGCGUUUUCACCAUUCCGAUAAACUACGUGUUGCAGAGAUGGACAAACGCAGCUAGGAACAGGCAUCAGAUCAGCGGGAACCUUGAGCUUGUGCAGUGUAAUAUCCGUCGGUUCAAUGAUCUUUGUCGGCGAGCUGUUAUAUUAGGAGAAGAAGGGUCUCUUUCGCAAGAGAGUUAUGAUGUCGCCAUGUUUGCGAUGAAAGAAGCUUUUAAACUAUGUGCUAUUAAAGGUAAUACCAUCGAACAUCCCACCAUAGAUCAUAUCCAUGAAAACAAUCAAUAUGGAUCCACAUCGAAGCAGAUUGGACUCGAACAUAACAUUCAGCAUGUGGGCAAUGCUGCAGGGCAAGGUGAAACCAUAAAGGAGAAGAGAAGUAGUCUAAACAAUACAUCUAAGAAGGCAAAGCAUGUGACGGAAUCUGGAAAUGUUGGGGAGGGAAGCCAAGAAGGGUUUCAACAUGUUGUGGCUGGUCCAAGACCGUUUCAGGCGGGAUUAGCAGCGCAGUUUCACAACACGAUCCCAGCAGUGUUUCAAAACGUGAUCCCCACGGAGUUCCACAACAUUCAGGCUACAAAUAUGCAUCAGAACAAUCCCCCUGGGUGAAAGUAAAAACAAAGACAGCCAACAAACUUGAUAGGUUCUUGUAUGUGUAAUGUAUCUCCUACUCUCCUUGUUCAACGCCUUAUUUUUUUGGUUGCCUUGUAAUAGAGUAAAGGGUGUAUGUGUCUGUUGAUAAACCUGAUGCACGGAUAGGCGUCUGCAUGUAAGCUAAUGAAAUUGUCAUGUUUGGUAAAUGCAAAGCAGAGUUGGAGAAAGCUCA